GUCGCGGCUGGCGGCGGCACAGCUGGAGCUGCAGGUGACGGCGCUGCGCUACCAGAAGCGAUUCACGCAGUACAGCGCCCGCCUGGAUGCGCUGGCCCGAGCAGCCUCCCCCGGCAAGGGUGAAGAAACUAAAGCACUGACUCUGGUCCUUCAUCGGGACUCUGGAUCUCUUGGAUUUAAUAUUAUUGGUGGCCGGCCAUGCGUGGACAAUCAGGAUGGGUCAUCGAGCGAAGGAAUCUUUGUGUCGAAAAUAGUUGACACUGGGCCUGCUGCUAAGGAAGGAGGGCUGCAAAUCCACGACAGGAUUAUUGAGGUCAAUGGGAAGGAUUUAUCCAAAGCCACCCACGAGCAGGCGGUGGAAGCGUUCAAAACCGCCAAGGAGCCCAUCGUGGUGCAGGUGCUGAGGAGGGCCCCGCGCGCCAAGGCGCACGAGCCGCAGCUGGUGGACGUGGGCACCCAGACCGACAUCACCUUCGAGCACAUCAUGGCCCUCAGCAAGAUGGGCUCGCCCAGCCCUCCCGUCCCCGUGCUGGACCCCUACCUGCUGCCUGAAGACCAUCCAGCUGUGCAUGAAUACUAUGACCCAAAUGACUACAUGGGAGGGAUUCAUCAAGAAAUGGACCGGGAUGAGUUGGAAUUAGAGGAAGUGGAUUUACACAGAGUGAACAGCCAGGACAAGCUUGGCCUCACUGUCUGUUACAGAACAGAUGAUGAAGAUGACAUGGGUAUUUAUGUGAGUGAGAUCGACCCCAACAGCAUCGCCGCGAAGGACGGGCGGCUCCGAGAAGGGGAUCGCAUUAUCCAGAUCAAUGGCAUCGAGGUGCAGAACCGAGAGGAAGCUGUGGCGCUUCUCUCCAGUGAGGAGAGCAAGAAUAUCUCCUUACUUGUGGCAAGACCGGAAAUUCAGCUGGAUGAAGGAUGGAUGGAUGAUGACAGAAACGAUUUUCUGGAUGACUUGCACAUGGAUAUGUUAGAGGAACAGCACCACCAGGCAAUGCAAUUUACUGCCAGCAUGCUUCAGCAGAAGAAGCAUGAGGAGGAUGGAGGCACCACAGACACAGCCACUAUUUUGUCCAACCAGCACGAGAAGGACAGCGGCGUGGGGCGCACGGACGACAGCACGCGCAACGACGAGAGCUCCGAGCAGGAGAACAACGGGGACGAUCACACUACCUCCUCCAACACUCUGGGGAGCCAGAAGAAGCUGACCUACAGCCACGACACCCUGGGAAGCGGGGACAUGCAGUUCAGCAACGAGUCGUUCAUCUCAGCCGACUGCACCGACGUCGACUUCCUCGGCAUCCCUGUGGACGAGUGCGAGCGGUUCCGGGAGCUGCUGGAGCUGAAGUGCCAGGUGAAGUCUGCCAACCCCUACGGUCUGUACUACCACAACAGCACCCUGGAGAUGAGCAAAAGCGACCAAGAGAGCGUCGACAGAGAGCUGGAGAUGCUCAACGAGGAGCUGCGCAACAUCGAGCUGGAGUGCCUCAACAUCGUCAGGGCGCACAAAAUGCAGCAGCUGAAGGAGCAGUACCGGGAGCCCUGGAUGCUGCACAACAGCGGCUUCCGAAACUACAACACGAGCAUCGACGUCCGCAGGCACGAGCUCUCGGACAUCACCGAGCUGCCCGAGAAGUCCGACAAGGACAGCUCGAGUGCCUACAACACGGGCGAGAGCUGCCGGAGCACUCCGCUCACGCUGGAGAUCUCCCCUGACAAUUCCCUGCGCAGAACUGCAGAAGGCAUUAACUGUCAAGGAAACGAGGGGGCAGUGGCGUAUAAUGUCUCCCAGAAGAAUUUGUUUGCUGGCUCAGAGAGCCAUGAAUCCAGCGCUGGUAAAUGCCACGCCUCCAUUAAAGAUCCUGACCUUGGCAAGCAGCUGGAGAGCAAGGAGAGGAAAGGCAGCGAUGGCAGCAAAAGCCCAACUCACGGGCAGAAAGCCUCGGGCUCCUCCUACGUGUCCCCCUACCACCACUCUCCCUACAAACACGCUCACAUCCCUGCCCACGCCCAGCACUACCAGAGCUACAUGCAGCUGAUCCAGCAGAAAUCCGCCGUGGAAUACGCACAGAGCCAGAUGAGCCUGGUGAGUAUGUGCAAGGACUUGGCCUCGGGCCAGAGCGAGCCCAGGAUGGAGUGGAAGGUCAAGGUCAGGAGCGACGGGACGCGCUACAUCACCAAGAGGCCGGUGAGGGACAGGCUGCUGAGGGAACGGGCCAUAAAGAUCAAGGAGGAGCGCAGUGGGAUGACCACGGAUGACGAUGCCAUCAGUGAGAUGAAGAUGGGCCGGUACUGGAGCAAGGAGGAGAGGAAGCAGCACCUGGUGAAAGCCAAGGAGCAGAGGAGGCGGCGGGAGUUCAUGAUGCAGAGCAGGUUAGAGUGCUUAAAGGAGCAGCAAGGUGCAGAGGAGAAGAAGGAGAUGAACAUCAUUGAACUGAGCCACAAAAAAAUGAUGAAGAAGAGAAAUAAAAAAAUAUUUGACAAUUGGAUGACAAUCCAAGAACUGCUAACCCAUGGAACAAAGUCACCGGACGGCACGCGGGUGUACAAUUCCUUCCUGUCAGUGACUACUGUAUAAUCAAUCCCCAGUGCUAAAUUAUGUACAUAAAACACUACCAGUGGGGUAGGAAUCAAUGCCUCGUUCAAUGUGGCAAGAGUUUUGUAUAUAAGAUACAGUCACCGAGUUUAUAGUUCGAAUACUGAACUCUACGACCGUGGGUGCCAGGAUCUCCAUUCUGCAGUGGAGAGGAAGCUUGCCCAUCUCCUUCAAAGGCAAUAUUAGCAGUGCUUUUUGGAACACUGACUGUACUUUUUUUACUUGUUCCCUUUUACAUGAAGUGUCUAAAUAUCAGAAAUGUAUUAACCAUACUUACACAGGUAAUUUGCUUAAACUAUAUUCAUAUUAAAAGGUACCCAUGCUUUUCUUUACCUAAAAAAAGAAUGCAAGAAACCCACAAGAACAACUGCACAUAUGUAUUUUUAUUUUAUUUUUGUGAAACCAUAUUUUGUGAUAUUAUUUUGCUGUUGUUCACUUCUACACCGAGUGCUGUUUAUCAAUACUUAGCUCAAGGUUUAAACUCAGAAUUAGAAUCAUUCUCUUGUAAUAUUUAACAUUUAUCAAACAGCAGUUUUUAGAGUUAUGCUCAACAUUUAAACAUUUUUCUCUUUAAGGUUUCUGAAGAAAGUAUAGAGGUUUCAUCUGAAAAGCCUGAGGCAAAGUAGACUAUUAUGCAGCUUUAAAGGAUUUUAAAGCAUGUUUGCAAAUGUUGCAACCUAUUGAAGAAACGUGCAUGUACAGCUAAUUUGUUUAUAUAAGACAGUUUGUGGAAUUUGAAAAGCCCAUGGUAGUAACUGUUUGCUUUAUAGAUUUGAAUGUAUUGAAUUAUAAAAGCAGUUUCAUGAAAUCAUCAUUAGCUACAAACGUUAACAAGUAAAAUGAAGUAAAAUAAAUUAUUGUUUUAUAUUUCAAA